CAAGAAUCCCCGUUCAAUGGGGCUCUGAUUCUUCCCCAACUUUCUUCCUUCUGAACCUCAACCAUCACUAUCGCGCAAUGCCUACACCACCCCUCGAUCCCAACGUCGUUCUCGCUAUCGACGGUUAUCUCAAACCGCACAUCCCAGCUAUCAUCCAGCGAUACAACUCGUACCGACGAUGGAAGGACACCAUUGACCAGCAUGAAGGCGGAUACGAAAAGUUCACCAGGGGAUACGAGCGAUACGGCUUCAACGUCGGUCCAAACAGCGAGGUUGUUUAUCGAGAAUGGGCCCCUAACGCGACAGAGGCUUACUUGAUUGGAGACUUCAAUGAAUGGAAUCGGCAAUCCCACCCGAUGACCAAGAACGAGUUUGGCGUCUGGGAGAUAACGGUCCCGCCGCUGCCAGGCGGGAGAUGCGCCAUCCCUCAUGACACCAAAGUCAAGAUUUCUAUGAUCCUUCCAUCGGGCGAACGGAUUGAGAGAUUACCUGCUUGGAUUAAGCGCGUCACGCAGGACCUGUCUGUGUCCCCUGUGUACGACGCACGUUUCUGGAACCCUCCGGCUUCAGAGAGGUACCAGUUCAAAAACCCACGACCUCCCAAGGUGGACAACAUUAGAAUCUAUGAGGCCCAUGUUGGUAUCUCCACCCCGGAGCCUAGGGUCGGUCAGUACAAGGAAUUCACCCAGAAUGUCCUUCCAAGGAUCAAGGACCUCGGUUACAACGCGAUUCAACUCAUGGCUAUCAUGGAGCAUGCGUAUUACGCUUCAUUUGGGUACCAGAUCACCAGCUUCUUUGCUGCGAGUUCGCGUUAUGGUUCCCCCGAAGACCUGAAGGAACUCAUCGAUGUCGCUCACGGCAUGGGUAUCACUGUUCUUCUCGAUAUCGUCCACUCGCACGCUUGCAAGAACGUCUUGGAUGGCCUUAAUGAAUUUGACGGAACUGACCACCUCUACUUCCACGAGGGCGGUAAAGGCCGUCACGACCUCUGGGAUAGCCGUCUCUUCAAUUACGGCAACCAUGAAGUUCUCCGCUUCCUGCUGAGCAAUCUUCGCUAUUGGAUGGAAGAAUUCCGCUUCGAUGGAUUCAGGUUUGACGGUGUGACCAGCAUGAUGUACAAGCACCAUGGUAUCGGGACUGGCUUUUCGGGAGGGUAUCACGAGUACUUCGGAGACGGGGUGGACGAGGAAGGCGUCGUUUACCUCAUGCUUGCAAACGACGCGAUUCACACCAUGUAUCCCGACUCUAUCACCAUCGCAGAGGACGUCUCUGGAAUGCCUCUGCUUGGGCUCCCGGUCCAGAAGGGCGGUGUCGGUUUCGACUACCGCUUGUCCAUGGCCAUUCCGGACAUGUGGAUCAAGUUGCUAAAGCACAAGCAGGACGAUGAAUGGGAUAUUGGGAACAUCGUUUUCACUCUCACGAACAGGCGCCACGGUGAGAAGAGCAUUGCCUAUGCCGAGAGUCACGAUCAGGCUCUCGUCGGGGACAAGACUCUUGCCUUCUGGCUCAUGGAUAAGGAGAUGUACACCAACAUGUCCGAUCUAACACCUCUUACACCCAUCAUUUCUCGCGGUAUCGCCCUUCAUAAGCUCAUUCGACUUGUCACGCAUUCCCUUGGCGGAGAAGGAUACCUCAACUUUGAAGGCAACGAAUUUGGUCACCCGGAGUGGUUGGACUUCCCUCGAGAAGGAAAUGGCAAUUCCUUCCAGUACGCCCGUCGACAAUGGAAUGUCCUGGACGAUCACCUUCUGCGCUACAAGUAUCUCAACAACUUCGACCGCGAAAUGAACACUUUGGCCGGGAAGUAUAAAUGGCUAGACUCUCCCCAGGCAUACGUUUCUCUCAAGAAUGAAGUCGACAAAGUUCUCGUUUAUGAGCGCGCGGGGUUGUUAUUCGUCUUCAACUUCCACCCCACGAAGAGCUUCACCGACUAUAGGGUUGGAAUCGAAGUCGCCGGAGAGUAUAGAAUCGUUUUAAGCAGUGAUGAGAAGCGGUUUGGAGGCUUCGAUAACAUCGAUUUGAAGAGCCAGUUCUUUACGACACAUUUGGAGUGGAAUGGUCGCAAGAACUUCUUGCAGGUCUACAUACCCACUCGAACUGCCAUCGUCUUGGCCAAGGUCAAUUAAUGGACUGGAAGGCGUUUUCCAGAAUCUUGGGCUUCCUAGUAUAGACUUACAGACUUUUCUUGCUUUGGAUUUUCGGACAUUUCUCUCCCUGUGCAAAUUUAUAUACAUACUGAGUGUAAAAUCCAGAGUUAGAUCCAGCAAUAGCAUUACUUGUUCGAUACUUUUACAUGCUGUUGUUCCCUUAUUCUAUUCUAAAUGUUCCCUCUUUC